AGUGCUCACUGACUCAUAGCCGCUACAAAAUGCAUGGAUUCUAUCCCAUCCAUCACCUCCACCCCUCCCCUUACUCUCCAAACACAGAAGCGGGGGGAGAGUGGAGAUGAAUGAGUUGGAAAGAUUCAGCAACGCGUAAAAGUUGUGGAUGGUUACUUUUGCUCGGAAACAUUUAAAGGACUAUUUGAUCUCAAACAGUUGCGUUAUAAAACGAAAGCAGGUAAAAUUCUUCUCUCCAAAAUAUCGCCCACAAUCAGGCUGGAAGACCAUCCGCUCCGGAGAACACAGCGAAUCCGCAGAGCGCAGAUGAUCGCAACUGGUGUUUGUGGUGUCGCGCUGGUGCUGGUGUUGGUGGUUCUGAUCCCGGUGGUGGUGAACACCGCCGGGACACCUGCCCGCUACGAGAUGCUCGGUUCCUGUCAAAUGGUGUGCGACUCCCACGGGACCGCAGCCACGGCCACAGCCAAGGCAACCAACACAAUCAAAGAGAACCGACUCGCUCAGUCGCUUCCGACUUUCAUCCAAGGUCCUCAAGGAGAGCCGGGUCGCGUCGGGAGGAUGGGUCCGAGGGGUCCUGUUGGCGAGCCCGGCCCCCCUGGACCUGCUGGUCCGCCCGGAAAUAGAGGGGUACCGGGUCCACCUGGAGCACCUGGAGUAAACGGGCCUAACGGAGCCAUCAGUGCUGCUACUUAUAACACAAUCCCAAAGAUUGCGUUUUAUGCAGGACUGAAGAAGCAGCACGAGGGAUAUGAAGUGUUGAAAUUUGACGACGUAGUCACCAAUCUGGGCAACCACUAUGACCCCUCUUCAGGGAAAUUCACCUGCUCAAUACCCGGAAUUUACUUUUUUGUUUACCAUGUGCUGAUGCGAGGAGGAGAUGGGACCAGCAUGUGGGCUGACCUCUGCAAAAACAACCAGGUGAGAGCCAGUGCCAUCGCCCAGGACGCCGACCAGAACUACGACUACGCCAGCAACAGUGUUGUCCUGCACCUCGAGCCCGGGGACGAGAUUUACAUCAAGCUGGAUGGCGGGAAGGCGCACGGGGGCAACAACAACAAGUACAGCACUUUCUCCGGAUUCAUGUUGUACGCUGACUGAAACACUGGACAGAUCCUCUAAAGGGGGUUUCAGAUCUGCUCUGCAUAUAGCUUGCUUCACCGCUCAUGCUCAAAUCUCUGUCAGCUGGAUUAUUAGAGGCAGAGCUCACCAUUUCCAUUCUGCAAAAAAGUCCAGAAGGAUGUGGAGGACGUCAUGCGAAAAAAAGAAAAGAACUGUACUUUGCAACAGCAAAGAUCUCACUGUUUAAUUACAGAAUAACUCAAUUUAAAUUAUACAGGGUUAAAUUGUACCUUUGUGAGAUUGUGUGUGUAGCUACAUUUGCUGAUGUGUAACACCUACUGUACAUGCUGCUGUGGUAUUAUAUGAGUGAAUGUAGACAUAAUUAUAGAUACUCAAAUAAUCACCCCUCUGUUUCCACUGUUAUUAGUCCAUGUGUGCUUUAUUUUUCAAAAAUAAUUGAUGGUUGUUGCAUUUUGAGUGGAAAUGUUAAAAGCUGUAGAAAUGCAUGAUUAUAGACAAUGACAUUUGAACUCUGUGCAGCAUAGAAACCUUUCUGUAAAGGGCCACCAAAUUGAAGCACUGUGACAAAAUAACCAUUGUAACUCGUCUCGAUAUGACAGCUGGUUGGGGCAACAGGAUGGUCUGGUGCUUAGUCACCAUCACAAAAAUUGAACAGUCAUGUUGACAGAAAUGUUUCCUUGAUGUUCAUCAAUCUGCCCGCUGAUUGUGAAGCGCCUUCAUAUAAGACUGUCAACUAAUGCGUAGAAAAUCAUGUCAAAAAUAAACCUUGUCUCAUUUUGUAAUCAUCUCUGAAGAUUAAUCAAAGUUUGAUCGUUUUUCACGGCAUACAGUCCCUUGUGGCGAUCAUGCCAUUGAUCAUGUGGCGAAGUCACCCUGUGAGGCCACCUGUUCCCAGAUGAGAGGAGAACAUGUCCUUCAUCCAGUCAGCCUCCCAUUGACACCCAGACACCCACUGAGGGGCAACAGGACAACUCAUCUAGCACAGCCGCAUCGAGAGCAGAGCGGCAUACUGAUUACUGCCACGCUCAUUAUUUAUUCCCCAAAAACAUCUUUGCAUUAUGCUACAACAUUUACAUUGAAAAAAAAUCCAUUAGCACCAUUUCUGAGAGCACCACUGUAGAUAACACAAAUGUUUUUUUUAGAUUGCAUUCGCGUUCUGCAGGCAAGAAAAACUCAUUUUUGUGACAUAAAUGGGAUUAAAACAAGACUGCUAAUGAGGCACUGUGAUCCUGCAAAGCUCCUUCAUGUUAUUUCAACAAAGUGAAUAAUGUGUGAUCACAAAUAUAAAAUCAAGUUUUAAUUAAUGAGGGCCUGGAUGAAACAACAGCCUGUAAAUGUUUUCCAGUGUUGACAUUAAAGACAAAUUAAUCCACAAACAAAACAAGCUAAUUGGUUUCAGCGUCCAAAAGCCCAUUUAAAGAAGAAUUUGGACUGAGAUUAUU